ACGUAACUUCCUGAUAUUUCGAAAAGUUUUAGUUGAAGUUGAAAGAUUGCCAGGCCUUAAUGCAACAAUGGAUAGAUUAUUAAGAGAAAUAGAAAAUCUCGGUGUAGAAAUAAGAUUUAGGAAUGGUCAGUUCAAUUUGAAGGGCUCUUGGUCAGCAAUUAAAGAAGCCCACUCAGUUCUUGGUAAUUAUGAAAAUGUAGUUCAAGUCGGUAAAAAGGAUAUAACAACGACAACUUUAUCUAAAGAGAAAGAAAUCAUAUCGUUUUCUUCCUUAGACACAAAAUGUGAUGAUGAUGUUAGUUUUUCUUUCGGCUUUACCGAAAAACCGGAAAUGCUUGUGGAAGGUGGCAUCUGCAGUAAAGAAUCUUCUAGAAGGAGGACAAGUAAAGUUGAUUUUUCGAGGUCGGUUGUUUCAUUCGUUGAUGCCUACACACAAUAUGAAGACGAACAUAUAUGUCCAAGGUUAGCAUGGGAAGAAACCACACUCAGUCCUCGCCAAAUCAAUUUUGAAUCUGUAGAACCCUUUAUAAAACCUAUACAGACUGGUUUAUCACUUUCCAAGCAGGAUAUUAUAACCGUUAUAAGAGAGCAAGCUCAAACGAAACUACAAGAUAUAGUCGAAUCGCUAAACUCUGAUAGUACAACUUUGAAAACCCAAGAACUUGCCUCGGCUUUUGCUGGGCUAUUAAUUGAUUAUAAAGUAUCUUCAGACCCUGCAAAAAUUCACAAAUCCAAUUUAGAAACCAGACAGCAGCACGUUACACAUUCUGAAACUCCUAUGGAUUGUUCGAAUAAUAUCUCAAGUACAUCAAAACAACCCACCACAGCCAAAAGGAAAAGAGACACCGUCAGUUCUAUAUCGAAAGAUACGCAUAUUAAUUUUAAUCCUCUAGAUAUAUCUCAAACAUUUGACUCUGAUGAAAUCUGUACCAUUUGUCAGGAUAAGCCCUUUAAGCCCACAAGAUUGAAUUGUGGUCACGUCUACUGCGAUGAAUGUGUAAGUGAAAUGUUGAAAAGUUAUAGAUCUAAAUGUCCUGUUUGCGAAUGUCUUAUAUUUCGAAAUGUUCCUGGUCAACCAAGAAAUGGUAAAAUGAGCUAUGACAUGGAAAAAUCAGAUCUAAAUGGAUACGAAGGCUACGGAACAAUAGUCAUUCGCUAUGAUUUUUCAGAUGGUAUACAAACAUAUGGUCAUCCAAUGAUAGGAAAAAGCUAUAGUGGCUCAACCUAUAUUACCUAUUUGCCAAAUAAUGAGGCUGGUCGAGAAAUACAUGAUUUAUUAACUUCCGCUUUUCACGCGAGAGUACUGUUCGCUGUCAAACGCUGCCGACCAAAUGAACCUUUUUUAGUUCUGUGGAAUGGAAUGCCACAAAAAACUAAUAGACAAGAUUUUCCCGAUGAUGGAUACUUUGAUGCUAUUCGACAACAAUUGCACAAACAAGAUAUUACAGAUGAUAUGAUUGAUUCAGAUUAAUUUCACAACAAAUAAUUAAAAAGUAGCCUUCAAAGAAAAUUGGCCUGAUCAAAAGAACUCGCUUAACGGGUCUAAUAAAGAGUAAAUUAGAAAGACGAAAACAUUAUCCGUUUUUGAUUAUAUACUUUGUCUCAUACGGCAUAUACGUUAAAAAAAUAGCUAAAAUAUAUAUACUUUUCUAUUUGAAUGAACAAUUAACAUUGAAUAAUAAAAUAC